AUGGCUGCCGUGGCUGGCGCCAUUACUGCGCAGGUAGCCAUCACGGGGUUGUCCUUGGAGGCCAGAAGCCAGGCGCACUGGACUGCCUCGGCCUUCCUUACUGCGAGCAUCGCUUUCGGCGUCAUAUCCGUCUACGUCAGUUUCAUAGUCCAGCAGGAGCUCAACGGCCUCCUGGGAUCGACCGGCGUCGCGGAUUGGCUCUCCGUACCACUCACGCAAGCAGAGCUGCAAGAGAAAGCCAACCAGCUAUAUCAAGACCCGGCAUUGGUUGACACGGAGUUGUCGGUGCCGCUUGAGCGAGAAGUCCAACCCGAGAACGGCGCAGCCAGGCCGGGUCUGACCCGGGAGGCCUCAGCGCUGGCUGCCAUCUUGCUCUCGGCUCCGUCGGGCCUCCUCGCACUAUCCUUGAACGCCUUUGUCAUUGGCUUGGGUAUCUAUCUGGGCUGCACGUAUACCGACAACCUGAUAUCCGAGCUGGGAAAAGGCGGUUCGCUGGGAGUACUUGUCUUUUACAUUGUUGCGUCCGCGACGGCCACCUUUCUUUACACGUUUCCUCAGCUUGUAAAGUCGUCGGAAAAAUAUGACGAUCAAGUAGUCACAAGCUUGAGGAGGCAGAUUGAGCUUUUGGACAGCAUCUUGAGAGAUCGACAGUCGAGCGAUCAACGCAGGCAGGGCGUUUAG